AGCAUUCUCACUUAAGUUUGAAAACACCAUGUGCAAAAGAUUUUUAAAGAGACUUGCAAGUUUAAAAUUCAAGAAACACAAACCUGAAAGAAAAAAGCUACCAUUGCUUCUCACAGAUGACAAUAGGCGUUGUCAAAUUGUACUUAUAAAUAUGCUUCUCAGUUCCUAAAGCCCUUUGAUUUCGAACUUUACACGAUCGUUCUACGUUACGGAUUCGAAAAAUAACAUGGCCGCCUCCAUUAGACUCACCUUGUCACCUUGUUUACGAUUUAUUUUCAGAGGCUGGAAAUUCAGGAAUGUAACAGAAUAUCAUUCCAAUGUAUAUAAUAGAAUUCAUAACGUAUAUAAUUUCAGGGAAUUUUCCAAAAGUCCAGUUACAUCAUUUGUUUUCAGUUUAUAAAAGCGGGGAAUACGAAUGGCAGGAUCCAAAAUCAGAAGACGAAGUUGUAAAUAUAACCUUCAUAGACAGGGAAGGAAAAAGGAGACCAGUUAGGGGAAAAGUUGGAGACAAUGUCCUUUACUUGGCGCACCGUCAUGGUAUUGAAUUAGAAGGUGCUUGUGAGGCAUCAUUAGCCUGCUCAACAUGCCAUGUCUAUGUUCAAGAAGAGUAUUAUCCCAAGUUGUCAGAACCCAAGGAGGAAGAGGAUGAUAUGCUGGACAUGGCUCCGGGGCUAAAGCCCAAUUCUCGCCUUGGUUGUCAGAUUAUCUUGUCACACGAGCUUGAAGGCAUGGUUCUCAAGCUUCCAAGUAUCACCCGUAAUUUUUAUGUUGAUGGGCAUGUUCCACAGCCUCAUUGAUACAAAAUUCAGCUGUGUACAUUAGCGAACUGUGUUGUGUAUUAUUAGAUUGUAUCUCGCCUUAUGACAAAAAAUAAUGAUCAAAUCUUGUGAGGA